AUGCAGUUUUUCGUGCGCAACCUCGCGGGCGAGACCCUCACCCUUGAGGCUGAGUCCAGCGACACCAUCGACAAUGUCAAGUCCGAGAUCCAAGACAGGGAAGGAAUCCCAUCCCACCUGCAACGCCUGAUCUUCGCCGGCAAGCAACUCGAAGACGGCCUCACGCUUUUCGACUACAACGUCCAGAAGGAGUCGACCCUUCACCUGGUCCUGUCGCUCCAGGGCGGCGCCAAGAAGCGCAAGAAGAAGGUGUACACCACCCCCAAGAAGAUCAAGCACAAGCGCAAGAAGACAAAGUUGGCCGUGCUCAAGUACUACAAGGUCGACGGCGACGGCAAGAUCGAGCGGUUGAGGCGCGAGUGUCCCACCAAGGAGUGCGGUGCCGGUGUUUUCAUGGCGGCCAUGCACAACCGACAGUACUGUGGAAGAUGUCACUUGACCUAUGUCUUUGACGAGUCAAAGUAG